CGGGAGCGGAACCGGAGCGGAGCCGGGAGGAGCGGGGCCGGGCGGCUGCGCGCGGCGCUCGGCCCCGGGAUGUCCUCGUCGGCCGGCGAGCAGUGCCGCUCGCCCGUGGGGUUGGAUUGCUGCAACUGCUGCCUGGACCUGGUGGGGGCCGGGGGGGGAGAGAACAACAACCCGGGCAGCCCCACCGCCAGCGGCUUCCGGCAGCUGCGGGAGCAGCUGGAGGGCGAGAACCUGAACGCCGCCAAGCUGAGCUCCAUCAUGCGCCAGGACUCGCUGGAGCCCGUCGUGCGGGACCCCUGCUACCUCCUCAACCAGGGCAUCUGCAACAGGAACAUCGACCAGACGCUGCUCUCCAUCCUGCUGCUCUUCCACAGUGCCUCCGGAGCCAGCGUGGUGGCCAUUGACAACAAGAUCGAGCAGGCAAUGGACCUGGUGAAAAACCACCUGAUGUACGCGGUGCGGGAGGAGGUGGAGGUGCUCAAGGAGCAGAUUAAGGAACUGCUGGAGAAGAACUCGCAGCUGGAGCGUGAGAACAGCCUCCUGAAGACCCUGGCCAGCCCCGAGCAGCUGGAGAAGUUCCAGUCACGGCUCCCAUCCGAGGUGCUGCAGCCCCAGGAGCAGAGCCCGGAGCCUGCCCCCCCGGCCCAGCACUCGGGGGGCUCUGCGGUGUAAAGUGGCUCUGUCCUUGGGGUGGGCAGAGCCACGGAACUCUUUCUACUUCAUCUCCUGCAAACGAUACCAAAAUAAGCCAAGUUUUUCUGCCUUGGCUCAGAGGACUGCCGGAACCCGGUGCCGGGAUGCUCGUCCCUCCGGGAGAUGCCGGUGGCUGACCCCCACCUGUCUGCCCUCCCUGCGCUGUGUGGGGCAGAGCUCGCCGAGACCCCGUAGUGCUGAGCAUGGGGAUGCGGCUGGAAGGAGCGCGCCGAGCCCCAGCGUUGUGGGGGGUGGGGGGAGCAACCCAAACCUGGACUUGAGCAGCUGUUUCGGUUGCACGCACGUCGGCGUGGGGAUUACAAGGAAAGAAAGAGAAGAACGACAACCAAAAAGAAAACCAACCCAACCUUGUUUGACUAGAGUUGAGGUGUUUCUGUAGCUGUGUCUAUGCGGUGCCCGCUGGAUGCUGCGGGCCGGCUGUGCCCUUCUGGGCAGGAUUUGAAAGGAGACUGGAAUGGCACCAGGGUGGAACUGGGGGAACUGGGUGGCCAGAGGCCCCAAAACGGCCCCGGAAUGGGGGAUGGCAGCGAUGGGUGCUGCGUCCCCCCGCCCCCCCCCUGAGUGAUGGGACGUCCCUGCAGACGUCGGACGGUUGGAGCGGUGACGUGGUUGUGUACAUUUUUAGGUAGAAAUUGCAAUAAAGUCUACUUUUUUAUAGAA